UGUGAAAAAGAGAUGUCAAAUGUCAUUAAAAAAUUUGUAAAAAUAUCCUUCGUUUGAUGAAAUUAUUAACGAUCCCAUAGAUAGAGCAACGUGUGUUGGAAUCUUUAGAAAACUUUGUAAAAAAAUAAAUAAAACCCCAAUUUUCUCAACGGAAUGAACAUGGAUGUACUCGACAAUCCUGCAAUAAGUCAACUCGAUAGCUCCCAAAGAGCAGAGCUUAUGAAACAAGUUCGACAGCAGCUGGCUGUGGCCAGCACUCAGGAGUUACUUGAGAAAAUGUCCAGAAAAUGUUUCAACAAAUGCAUUAAUAAGCCCGGUUCAUCGCUGGACUCAUCCGAACAGAAAUGUAUCGCAAUGUGUAUGGAUCGCUUCAUGGACUCUUGGAGCAUAGUUUCACGUGCUUACUUCACAAGAUUACAGAGAGAAAGUACAAACAUGUAGGGUCUAGUUCUAACUAUAAACGAAUCAAGAAAAAUGCAGUUUAUCACCAAAGGUACACACUUGAAGAAAUUUGUUACUGUUCUUUUAUGAUGUUAAUAUUAAUAUUAAAAAAAAAUUAAAAGACAAAAA